AUGUUCACAUCUGCCUGCAGAAGCGUCGCUCGCUCGAGCGCAUCACGAACCGUCGCCACAGCACCAAUCCGUCGAAGCCUGCACCGCUUGUCAACACCUUCACCUCUCACAUCGACCGCCACCAGACACCGUCCGAGUGCGCCUUCGCUCAAGCCUGCUCGCAAUCAAUUCCCUACUGGUUCCCGUUCGAUCUUCAUUCAGACCGAGGACACACCCAACGCCGAUGCCUUGAAGUUCAUUCCCAACUCCCGCAUCUUGCCUGAGAACUUGAACACUACCUUCCUCGAGUACUUGUCGCCUCGCUCGACCCUUGCGCCGCCUCACCCUUCGCCUCUCGCUGCUCAAUUAUUGAAUGUAGAUGGUGUUACCUCAGUCUUUUACGGCCCUGACUACAUCACCGUCACAAAGGAUUCCGCCACACCAUGGCCCCACGUCAAGCCUGAGGUCUUCAGCUUGAUUACCGAGGCCGUCACAUCUGGUCAGCCUCUGGUGAACACUGUGGCAGGAAAGAAUGGCGAAGAGCAACCAGCUGAGAAGGACUCUUUGGAAUACGACGAGAACGACAGCGAGGUUGUCAGCAUGAUCAAGGAGUUGCUCGAGACUCGUAUUCGUCCUGCUAUUCAGGAAGAUGGUGGUGACAUUGAAUUCAGAGGUUUCGUGGACGGCCAGGUUCUUCUGAAGCUCCGCGGUGCUUGCAGAACCUGCGACUCGAGCACCGUCACCUUGAAGAACGGUAUUGAGAGCAUGCUUAUGCACUAUAUCGACGAGGUCCAAGGUGUUCAGCAAGUGCUGGAUGAGGAAGAGGAGGUUGCUCUCCGUGAGUUUGCCAAGUUCGAGGAGAAGCUCAAGGCGCAGAAGGGAGAGGUACCUGCUGGAACUUCCGGUAAGGGCACUCUUGACACCGUUGAGUAG